UUUUAGUUCUGGACAAAUUCUGUUUUUAACGGCAAAUCAUUAUGAAGGGUGUUCCAAAGAUGAUAUGUUCGAAAAUGAAAAUCUCAGGAACUGGCACAAACGUAAAUGCCGCAGCUGUAUUUGCAACCCAUCUCAAUGCAUUAUCUUCCAGUGUACUAAUGGUAUGGUCACGAAAUCACCAACAGCUUUUUAUCAUUGUCGGGAAAUGUAAUGGUGAUUUACUCUUUUUUACAACCAGCAGGCAAUAUGUAAAAUUGGAAAAUAUCUUUAAAAGUCCUUUGACAACAAUUUGCUUUGGGAAACUAAGGCAAAGCAGCGACGAAAUAGUUGCCAUAUCGGCAAGUGGUCAGAUACGUUCUUUCGAUUUUCCACAGACGGACACCCAGAACGGCGAGUUACAGAAACCUUUGCCACUUUUCGAGCAACUCGUUCAGGCCAAUAUAUGCACGUCAUACAUUGGUGACAUUGAUGGUGAUGGUUCAUCAGAGUUGCUGGUUUUGAUGACCGACCGAUGCGUAAGAACUUAUCGUUAUGUUGCAAAUCAUCUGGCACCACUGAACAAAUAUGAAGUACCGUCACAUGUUUAUGGCUUUGCACUUGGUACCACAACUUCCGGUCUCUAUUAUGCACUUCUGGUAGAACGAAAUGAAAAUUAUGUGGUGAAGAUUGAUUUUGGUUCAGACAGGUGCAACAUUUUGCCACAAACAUUGGAUUCCAGUCUUUCGAGUCGAAAGCUUGUGGUCCCCAGUCAGCCGAUAUUUCUGAGCUUAGUUGGAUCACUUGCCGCUCGGCUGCUUGUGAUCAAUCCAGAAAGUGGUACCGAGAUAACGCUGGAGAAUCCGGUAGGCGAUUUUAUUUGUGCAACUACCGUUAAUCUGCAGAGUAUGUAUGUUGCGAUGACACUGGAUGUUUUCGGUACCUUACUAAUUUAUGGAUGGAGUGACUACACUACUUGUCGAGCAUAUCUUAUAGCAAAAACGACAAUUCUACCGGAUGCGGAUCGUAUCACUGCUCUACCAGGCCGGAAUGAAAACGAAGUUCUUUUUUGUGUAUGUACAGUAUACUUCAAAAUUGCUGUUUAUCGAAUUGAUCUGUCGUCUGUGAUUAGUUGA